ACCUCCUAUCUGUUUCUCCGAAACGGUGUUCUAUGUACAAAAUAGUGGUGGUGAAAAGCAGAAACUGACAUGCCAAACAGAGUAAAAUUACUUCUACUCAAAGCAGAAGUAAAUGAUUAAAAGGAACACCAAACAGCCUCAAAUUGCCCUCGGCUUCUACGGUCGAGUGAGUAUGUCACCUCCAUGGCUUCCAUAACCCGAAAGCUGAUUAUACACAGGACGACGAUACCCGUUCCCAGGCUGUACGACCCAAGAAGUCCCCAACCCGACCCGGAUAAGCCCUUCGUCCCCUUCUCCAAGCUUCGAGAGCGAAAGCUCCUCGAAACCCAUCUAGUCUCCCUACUCGACGUCUGCAACAGCCUGCCCCAAAUCCGGCAAGUCCACGCGCAGGCGAUCCGCCGCGGCGUAGACCAGUGCUGCUAUGUUCUCACCAAGCUCAUCCGGUCGCUCACCAAAAUCAAUGUUCCCGUCGACCCUUACCCGCGUCUGGCGUUCGAAAUGGUCGAGGAUCGGAACCCCUUUUUGUGGACCGCCAUGAUUCGAGGCUAUUCGAUGCAGGGAUCGUUGGAGGAGGCGGUCAAGAUGUACGGUCUCAUGCGGCUGGAGGGUCUCUCCCCUGUUUCCUUUACCUUCACGGCGCUGCUGAAGGCCUGCGGCGAUGAUUUGGCGGUGGAAUUGGGGCGUCAGAUUCACGGACAGUGUGUUAAGGCUGGUCUUUUGCGCGAGGAAGGUGUUCGACGAAAUGCCAGUGAGAGACGGUCGUGGACGUCCUUGACCUUAGCUUAUGCCAAGUGUGGGGAUAUGGAUGCUGCAGUCGAGCUGUUUGAUGAAAUGCCUUUCAAGGAUAUGGUGGCCUGGACCACGGUGGUCACAGGGUUGGCUCAGAACGGGAGACCAAAGGAAGCCAUAGAGCUCUUCUGCAAGAUGCAGAAUGCUGGCGUGCAGGUAGAUGAUGUCACAUUGUCCGGUGUUAUCUCGGCUUGUGCUCAACUGGGCUCCAGCCAGCACGCGGAAUGGAUAAGGGAUGUGGCCGAGAAGUCCGGGUACGGGCCCGCGGAUCACGUGGUCAUCGGGUCGGCAUUGAUUGACAUGCACUCCAAGUGCGGAAGCCUGGAGAGUGCUUGUGAGGUUUUUGAGCAGAUGAAGGAGAAGAACGUGUUCUCUUACAGCUCCAUGAUUCUUGGGUUUGCCAUGCACGGCCAUGCAUCUUCUGCAUUACAUCUCUUCAGAAGAAUGUUGAGGACAGAUGUUAAGCCGAACGACGUGACCUUUCUUGGCGUCCUUCUGGCGUGCAGCUACUCAGGUUUGGUAGAACAGGCCAAACAUUUCUUUCAUCUGAUGGAGAACAAAUAUGGGAUCAAACCAGAGGUGAAUCACUAUGCGUGCCUGGUUGAUGUUCUUGGCAGGGCAGGGGAGCUUCAACAAGCCCUCGAUCUUAUUCAUGAAAUGCCCAUAAAGCCCAACGGAGGCGUCUGGGGUGCCCUACUGGGAGGUUGUCGAAUCCACAGCAACCCAGAAGUAGCAGAGAUUGCCGCAAACCAUCUCUUUGAGCUUGAACCGGAUGGAAUUGGCAAUUUCGUCCUUCUCUCCAACAUCUACGCCUCUGCAGGAAGCUGGGUAGAAGGGGAUGGUGGGGCCAUCCACGAGUUCUACGCAGGGGAUUCGUCCCACCCCAUGUCCGGCGAGAUCAUGAGAGUGCUGGGGGAUGUCGCGGGGCAACUGGGGUUGGUUGGUUAUGAGCCCAACUUGGGCUGCGUGCCGUACGCUUUGAAGGAGGAGGAGAAGAAGAGGAUUCUGAUGAGCCACAGCGAGAAGCUGGCGUUGGGGUAUGUGUUGCUGACAACGGGGACAACCUCGGAGAUCAAAAUCAUGAAGAAUCUCAGGAUCUGUGAAGAUUGUCAUUCUUUCAUGUGUGGCGUGUCUGGCCUCACUGGCAGGGUGAUCAUGGUCAGGGAUAACAAGAGGUUUCACCAUUUUCGUAAUGGAUCCUGCUCUUGUGCCAACUUCUGGUGAAGCCAGACACAAAACAGAUUUGAAUGUUGGAAUAGCAUAUUAUUCGUCUCAUUUGUGUUGUCUUCCUUUGGAAUAUAAAUAUGUGCAUUGGCAAGCACAGAUGCACAAAAGGACAGUCGAAUCUGGACGGGAUGAAGAGGAUGACUGACUAGCUGUUGGCGGAUUCAAUUGCAGGGUUCUUCAUCUCCUCUGACUACUAAUCAAGGUUAGGAUCUUCC